AACCUGAUGGUAAUCAGGCUGCUCCUUGAUAAUCCAUACAUAAAGCGAAUCGUUGGUUUUGCUAACCAGGCCUUUGAUCUCUUUGCACCUCGCCUCUAUGCCUACUAUGCCAAGACGAUGGACGAUCUCUGCAACUGGAACCCUAAGCUAGAGAGGCAUUAUCCACGGUCGGUUUUUGCCUGCUGCGCGUGGAAUUUGGCCAAGUCAGUCUGGACUUUUAUCCAUACUGACCACCUGAACCUCGCUUUUGGGUGGUGUGCUGUCACAGCACUGGGCAAGUUUGAUCCUAGGAAGGGUGGCCACCUCAUUAUAUGGGAUCUCAAGCUUGUGAUUGAAUUUCCCCCAGGGUCGACUAUUUUUUUAUGUUCUGCAAUUCUGCGCCAUUCUAACAUCCCUGUUCGGCCUGGGGAGAGCAGGUUCUCAUUUACGCAAUGGACGGCUGGUGGGUUAUUUAGAUGGACUGACUUUGGGUUUCGGUCAGCUGGGUCAUUUGAGAAGGAGGUAGGAAAGCAAGCUGCUGAAGAAGCAAAUACUGCGCGUUGGCGAGAAGGUGUAUCUUUGCUCCCCCGUCUAUCAGAUUUAUGUUGUUGGGCAAUAUAA